ACCGUCUCAUGAUUGCUGCUCGUUCCUUCCGCCGAGUCCCAGACUCCCAAGCAAGAGCAACAUGACCAGCUGCACGUUAACCCCCAUCUGUCCUGCGUUUGCCCUGAUCAGCUCCUUGCAUCCUACGGACCAGAGAGUAACGCCGCCUUUCUGCCUAAGUUAUGUCACCGAAGGAAAGACGUAGCUUCAUUAUUGGUGCGGGUUGUACCGCAUUCAUCAAACCCAGAGGAACGAGGUCCACUGAGGACAUGGGAUUGGAAGCCGCUACCAAGGCUCUCCUCGAUGCGGGUAUCACAUAUGACGCAGUAGAGACAGCGUUCGUGGGGUACUGCUACGGAGACUCUACGUCCGGUCAGCGAUCCCUCUACAACUUGGGCCUGACCGGCAUCCCUAUCACGAACGUGAACAACAAUUGUUCGACGGGAAGCACCGCCCUGUAUCAUGCGAACAACAUGGUGGCUUCUGGCUUGGUGGAGUGUGCCCUCGCGCUGGGCUUCGAACGUAUGGCCCCAGGCAGCCUUGGGACGCAUUUCCCCGACCGCCCGUCUCCUAUUCAGACAUUCAGUGAUGCAACGGCGGAAGCGGAGCACAGCCUGAGCAGCGGUGUCAAUCACGGGCCGAAUGCACCCAGGAUGUUCGCUAACGCCGCACAGGAAUACAUGGACAAGCACGGUGCAAGUAUGACGCACCUCGCGCAAAUAGCUGCCAAGAACCAUAAGCACUCCGUCCACAACCCAUACUCGCAGUUCCGCAAUGGGUGGAGUGUCGAGCAAGUGCUCGCAGCGCCGAAGAUCAACAAACAGUUGACUAAGUUCAUGUGCAGCCCGACUUCGGAUGGCGCCGCCUGCUGCAUCGUCGCAUCCGAGGACUUCGUACAUGAGCAUGGCCUCGAGAACCAAGCAAUCGAGAUCGUAGCCCAGGCCCUCUGUACCGACGAGCCGUCAGCAUUCGAGAGCAAGAGCGCAAUGGAGAUCGUUGGCUAUGGCAUGACGAGGAAUUGUGCAGACAAGGUCUUCAAGAAGGCGGGCUUCGGAGAGGGCGAAGGCAGGGACCAAGUCGGCGUUGUCGAGUUGCACGAUUGCUUCGCUGCGAACGAGCUUGUGACGUAUGAGGCAUUGGGGUUGUGCGGCCAUGGUGAAGCGCACAAGAUGGUCGAAAAGGGCGACAAUACGUAUGGCGGAAAGUACGUCGUGAACCCCAGCGGCGGUCUUGAGGCAAAAGGUCAUCCCUUGGGCGCAACCGGUCUCGGCAUGCACUUCUACAUCGCUAUGCAACUUCGAGACUGGGCUGGACCGAUGCAGGCGCCUGGGCUCCUCGACAUCGCCGACCGCAGGGGUAAAUACGGCCUCGUCCACAACAUCGGCAUCGGCGGCGCAGUCGUCUGCAGCCUCCUUCGCCGCCCGGAGUUCUACCGCGCCGAAGGCGAAGAUGGGCGAUCGAGACUGGGCUACAAUCAUGCACACGAAUGCAGGCCUAUCACGAAGGCUGAUGUCGACAAGGUCAAGUCUGUCAAGUUCUCGCCAUAUAUCUUUGAGCGGGCGAGGCUUUAGCGGAUUCGCGUCGCUAUGAGCAAUUUUGCGCUUUCACCUGUCAAUCGUUGUGUAUUCUUGAC